AUGGCCGACAUGGCAGGAUAUGAAGGGCCUUUAGGCGGUGCUCCGGUGAGGGAGAAGGAGAUUGGAGCCACUUCGGUGCAAUGUCCCAUGCUUAAUUCACCCAACUACAUUAUAUGGGCACUAAGAAUGAAGGUGGUGUUGCGGAUUCAGAAGGCAUGGACCGCAAUCGAUCCAGGAACAGAGAAGAAUGAAGUAAAAGAUUAUCUGGCAAUGGGGUUGUUGUAUCAGGUGAUCCCCAGAGACUUUGACUAUGCAAAUCGGAGAUGUGGAGUCCUCAAAGGAAAAUUGUCUGGGUUAGCCUCAAAAUCGGUAGCCCUAGGAGAAGUAAUUGAUGAGACGAAGCUUGUGAAGAAGUUUCUCAAUUCGUUACCGAGAGAGAAGUUCAUUCACAUAGUGGCUUCGCUGGAACAUGUUUUAGACCUAAAAACUAACGGAUUCGAGGAUGUAGUUGGGCGAUUGAAGGCGUAUGAAGAGGAGAUUAGGGAGGAGGAUAUCGGUGGGAAGGAUCAGGUGAAAGUUCUGUUCGUUGACCAUGGUGGAAGUACGAAUUGGAAGUCACAAAAGGGAACGAAAGGGAAGGGUCCUAAUGGGUCUAAUAAUGUGAAUGGGUAUAACGGGUCUGGUGGAUCAAAUAGUGCUAAUCGGGCUUCUGAUGGUGGAAAGGUCAAACAACAAUGGCCUAAUAACAAUCAAAAAUUAAAUCAGCCCAUGAAUAGGAAAAGUGUUGUACUUUUCCAAGACAAAAGGGGUCAACAAGGGCUGAUGACCGAGAUUUACUACAUACUGGAUCUCAAGAACAAUAUUAUUAGUCUCGGACAAGCAACCGAAUCCGGGUGUGAUAUUCGAAUGAAAGACAACUAUUUGACCAUGUAUGAUGUUGAUAAUUGCUUAUUAAUGAAAGUACAAAGAACUCCAAACCGCCUGUAUAAAAUAAAGUUACAAAUUAGAGCACCAAUUUGCCUUCAUUUGAGACUAAAUGAAGAUAUGUGGCGAUGUCAUGCAAGACUUGGACACAUCAAUUUCGAGUCAAUGAAAAAGAUGUCCAAGAAGGGUCUAGUCAAAGGGUUACCCCAAUUUUAUCAUGAGAAUCAAUUGUGUGAGUCUUGCUUUGUGGGCAAGCAAACAAGAAAGUCAUUCCUUACUAUGACAACAUACAAAGCAAAACGACCAUUGGAACUAGUUCAUGGUGAUUUAUGUGGUCCGAUCACGCCGACAACCAAGGGUCAAAAUCGGUAUAUUUUUACACGCUUUGAUGAUUUUUCAUGA